CUGACAGGGACUGGCUGAGCCUUCGCUUCUCGGUUGGGGUAUCCGUGAACCCGGCGCCUUUUGUUGGUGUGGGUCGUUGUGUUGCUGGUUACACAAACACAGCUGUGUGUGCAGCUGGCGAGAGGAGAGAGAGAGAGAGAGAGAAGGGGAGAGCGAGCGAGCGAGCGAGAGACUGCGUGCCUCACAUGUGCACACCGCGAGAGAGAGAGAGAGAGAAAGAGAGAGAGCCGAGCGCUCCACCUGACCAUCAGACAGCAUCGGCGGCAGCGAGCGGCCAGCAGCCACACCGAGGAGUAGCGUCGCUUCACAUCUUCUCGCCGCCUCAUUAGCUGAAUGCCUCUGAAGUCACACAUCUAGAGAAAGGGAAAAAGAGAGAGAGAGAGAGAGACAGAGCGAGAGCGCAUUGAAAUGUGCGCAUUGUGGACGAUCCCCGGCUCUGCAUAGAGCAGCCUCUGAAGAGGCUCAUGCGGACGCUUCUGCUGCUCCUACUGCUACUGUUGCUGCUCUAACACCGUUCGGAUCUUCACUAUGGAUUCUCCUGUCAACGAUACGGAGGAUCUGGAGAACAAUUCCUUGAAAGAAUCGAAAACCGAACACACCGAGAAAAUGUGGCUGCGCCUCAGAGGGAUGCAGAAGUACAAGAACACCUCCCAAAAAUUACGAUGUCUGGCAAAGCAGCUGGAGAAGGGCGAAGUAAACAUCCUGGACCUCAAGAAGAACAUUGAAUAUGCAGCGUCAGUGCUGGAAGCGGUCUACAUCGACGAAACAAGGCGGCUGCUGGACACUGAAGACGAACUCAGUGACAUCCAGUCUGAUUCUGUCCCAUCUGAAGUGAGGGAAUGGCUGGCAUCCACAUUUACCAAAAAGAUGGGAGUCUUGAGGAGAAGGCCGGAGGAGAAGCCAAGGUUUCGGAGCAUCGUGCACGCUGUUCAGGCUGGCAUUUUCGUAGAAAGAAUGUAUCGAAGAACUUCAAACAUGGCUGGUCUGACAUACCCAACAGCAGUCAUCAGUGCUUUAAAGGAUCUGGACAAAUGGUCCUUCGAUGUUUUCUGCCUUAAUGAAGCAAGUGGAGACCACGCACUGAAGUUCCUCGUUUAUGAACUCUUCACCAGAUAUGAUCUGAUUACCCGUUUCAGGAUCCCAGUUUCUUGCCUCGUUGCCUUUGUUGAGGCUUUGGAAGUCGGCUACAGCAAAUACAGGAACCCAUACCACAACCUGAUACACGCAGCAGACGUCACCCAGACGGUGCAUUACCUGAUGCUUCACACCGGCAUGAUGCACUGGCUGACAGAACUGGAAAUUUUAGCAAUGGUGUUUGCAGCUGCAAUCCAUGAUUUUGAACAUACAGGAACCACAAACAAUUUCCACAUUCAGACCAGGUCAGAUGUUGCAAUUUUGUACAACGACCGAUCCGUCCUGGAAAAUCACCAUGUAAGUGCGGCGUACAGGCUGAUGCAAGAAGAUGAAAUGAACAUCCUUGUCAACAUAUCAAAGGACGACUGGCGUGAACUCCGCACUUUAGUCAUUGACAUGGUGCUGGCGACAGACAUGUCCUGUCAUUUUCAGCAGAUCAAAACAUUAAAACACGCCUUGCAGCAGCCGGAAGGGAUAUUUAAGGCCAAAGCCAUGUCCUUGAUGUUGCAUGCAGCUGAUAUCAGCCAUCCAGCAAAAUCCUGGGAGCUUCAUCAGCGAUGGACGACGGCCCUGAUGGAGGAGUUCUUCAGACAGGGAGAUAAGGAAAUUGAGCUUGGCCUGCCCUUUUCUCCUCUCUGCGAUCGCAAAUCCACGAUGAUAGCCCGGUCACAGAUAGGUUUCAUUGACUUCAUUGUAGAGCCAACGUUCUCUGUGUUAACUGAAGUGACAGAGAAGAUGAUUUCUCCUCUUAUAGAGGAAGCACUAAAGUCAGCAGCCGAUGCAACACAAAAGUCCAGUCACACGAUGAAGCAGAUGUGGGAUCAGAGUCAGCCAACUCGUGAUGGUAAACCCAACCAGUUAGUCACACUCCCAGAAAGCAUAAACAGCAGUGCAGGAGCAGUAGUGGAGUCUGUGCAGAGGAACACCGUAGAUCAAGGAUCUUCCAUUGACUAUUCCCUAACCAACAUCAACCUGGAGCGUUUCAAGACAGACUUGAUGAACAUCAUUCAACAGAACAAGGAGAGAUGGAAGGAUCUGGCUGUCCAAGUCGAGAAACAAUCAUCUGGAAGUACCGAGGACCAAGAUGGGAAAUCUUAGGGGCAGCCAUGAGGGCACAGGCGGCUGCUCCGACCCUUCGGCCUCAACGUCCUCCUCUGAAAUGAUUUUUAUGUAUCGUUAUUUAUUAAAGAUGUCGGGUUUCCCUUUGCAGUGCA